AUGUACUUCUUCAAAAUUUUAGUUAUAUUAGGAGUAAUAUGCAUAGGAAAUGCUGAAAUUUUAAACUUCUCUGGAGGUUUAAAAUCCAACUACACAUUUCCACAAGAGUUCUUGUUUGGGGUGUCUACUGCAGCUUUCCAAAUCGAGGGUGCAUGGAAUGUUGACGGCAAAUCAGAGAGUAUAUGGGAUCAUCUGGUACACACUAAUAAAAGUUUUGUAAAAGAUGGAUCGAAUGGAGAUGUAGCUGCCGACUCAUACCACCUUUACAAAAGGGAUGCUGAAAUGGUGCGCGAACUUGGAGUUGAUAUAUAUAGAUUUUCAAUUUCUUGGCCACGCAUUUUGCCGUCUGGACUUACGAACAAUAUAAACGCUGCGGGUAUACAGUAUUACAGCAAUCUUAUUGAUGAACUUAUAAAGUACGGUAUUACACCUAUGAUCACCAUAUAUCAUUGGGACCUGCCUCAGAAACUCCAGAAUAUAGGAGGAUGGAGUAAUGCUCAUAUUGUUGAUUACUACACAGAUUAUGCUAAGGUAUUGUUCGACAAUUUUGCAAGCAGAGUAAAGUAUUGGGUAACUUUCAAUGAGCCUAUGCAGACAUGUUUGGAAGGUUAUGGCGGUACAUAUAGAGCCCCAGCUUUAAAUCGGCAUGGUAUUGCUGAAUACCUGUGCGCACACAAUCUUAUAAAGGCUCAUGCUAGCGUUUAUCAUCUUUUCAACGAGCAAUACCGCCACGUUAAUAAAGGCAAAAUUGGCAUGGCUUUGGAUUCUAACUGGGCUGAACCUAAAACCAAUACGUUAGAAGACAGAGAAGCAGCUGAGCUGUAUUUGAUAACGCAUUUGGGAUGGUAUGCGCAUCCUGUUUACUCUAAGGAAGGGAAUUAUCCAGCAGAACUAAUCAAACUGGUUGAUGAAAAAAGUCUUCAGCAGAACUACACAAGGUCUCGUCUUCCGAAAUUUAGUCCUGAGGAAGUGAACUACAUUAGAGGAACCGCCGAUUUCUUUGGAUUGAAUCAUUAUACUACUUACCUACUCUCCAAGGCUGAUGGAGAAGUGGGGGCUAAACCUUCACAUGAAAAUGACGUCGGCGUCAUAAGAGUACAGGAUCCUAAAUGGCCCGCAGGCUCCUCUUCAUCAUGGCUUAAGGUGGUGCCUUUUGGCUUCAGACGCCUUCUCCACUGGAUCACACAAACCUACAACAAUAUUCCCAUAAUAGUUACGGAAAAUGGUUACGCAGACUUCAGUGGUUUGCAGGAUAAAGCCAGAGUUUCAUACUAUAGCCAUUACUUGAAUGCAUUGCUUCACGCCAUUCAUGAAGACAAGAGCUCUGUCGUAGGUUAUUUUGCAUGGAGUCUGAUGGAUAACUUCGAAUGGGAUGAUGGUUACGUGUCCCGCUUCGGUCUGUAUCUGGUCGAUUUUAAUAGUCCGAACAAAACGAGAACGGCGAAGGACUCCGCUAAACUGUACGCAAAGGUUAUUAGUUCGCGAGCCCUGCCUGCUGACUACGACCCCGAGGACUUCUCUGCCUUCUCUGGCGCAAGCUUCAUAGCGCCUACCGUCCUCCCACUAUUCUGCUUACACAGGCUACUUUUGUAA